AUGGAGGACAAUCCAGCUGCCGGAUGCGCCCCGGCCGCUUCUGCAGACGCCGCGGCGCAGGGCAAUCAUGGAGAAGAUCUGAAUCCAGACUCGAUCACGCGACUGCCCGGCUUGCAGACCGUGCCGAAAUCAAGCGCCAGAAGGCCAACCGUGCCACCACGCUGGGGACCAACUGCACCUGGUGAUGGCUCUGUUUCGGGUGAGGGUGCAAGCUCUUCGCACGGGACCAGCACGCACAACCCGAAUCACAUCGCGAACGUUUGGGACGGCUGGUUCAACUCCGGCCACUCAAUGGAUGAUCCGAUGUUCAACCAGCACUUGUAUUCGAUUGGGGAUUAUGACUACACAAGCUGGAGCCAGGGUUGGCACAACAGCUGGCAAGCAUGGCCGUGGCCAGGUUCCAAAGGCUCCACGGUUCGGCCACCAGGUUCCGCUCCGCGAGGCGACAUGAACGUAGUCCAGACCGAAGCGCAACAACGAAAGGUGGAAGAGCAAGAGUGGGAGAAGAAGCUGGCAGAGGCCAUCGACACUGAUGUCCUGGCCGGGUUGAAGAUGUUGUUGGAGGGAAGGAGGUCUCCUGCGGCAACUGGCGAAAGUCCGAGCCCUGCCCGUCCCGAGUUGGUGGCCAAGAUUUUAGAGCGAGCCGCCGUGCAGGGACCUGUUGCACUCGUUGAGGUUGCUGAGGGUCUCUUUGGCACCCAGUCGGGUGCAAAGAUGACACUCGACAUACCAACCUAUGCGGGGAUGCUGCAAAGGCUAGUUCUCGAUCCAGCUUGCUAUCGGCCCGCAGCAAUCCGGCUGCUGCUAAAUGUGGCUUUGAGCAAGGAGAGCCCUGUGGUACCGGUGGCGCCGGGUAUUCUCACGGACUCUGAGACAGUCAUAUGCGAACGGAACGUGCAGGACAAAGACAAAGACAUCGAGGAGGAGGAGGAGAAAGACGAAGGGAAGGAAUGGCCUGAAGAGCUGGUCUUCCGGAAUUCUGGUUGUUGGCCAGAACUCGACGGAGUUUUCAAGCGCACGCGGGAUUUUGAUCAUGUAAGCCAGCAUCAAAGGCCCACCUACGAGAGGAUGGUGCCUUCAAGAUCUGGAGACAUGAAACUGUUAUGUUAUUUCUGGGAAUACAGUUGCGAGCGAGAGCGUGGAGAGCAAGAGCCUCAAAAUGAUGCUGGCGCUGCAGGAACAGCCAAAAAGAGGCGUCGCCGAGCAGACACUGUUGAGCGUGGGUGGUGGUUGGGCAAACGGAUGGGCGGCGCUGAUCUGAUGGGCAAGGGUAAGCCGGGUAACUCCGAGCUCUCUGAGCUUCCAACAGGGGCGGAUUGGCAAUUGAAGCCACUAGGCUUCGAAGUCUUUCAAGCCGAUCCUGGAGGCUUCGUUGAUCAAGAGCAGCUGGGUAUCGAGGCAUUGCAGCGGCUUAAUUUGAGCAGCCUGCAGGGACAUGUCGUCUCACCACAAGGCGAGCACAGUGCACGAUACUUUGGCCACUUCUGCAGUCUGUUGCACCUGGAAUACCUGCAAGAAGUCGCCACAUUACGUCGACGUGCUUCGCGACGUUCGGGAGAAGAACUUGAACGAGGUGGUUGGGCUUUGACCGGCAUGCGUGUUCGCGACGUUGUGGAACGACAGGCCAAAGGCAAGGGUCGUAAAGGAUCGGGAAAGGGACCGACGUCUGGCUUCCAGAUGUUUCUGUGGCUGCCACCCAGCACGGACAUUGACAGGUUGCGAUUUCGGAAGGGCGACAGCAUCAUUUUGUCCGCCACGCAUCCCCUGCAGGACAGGCUCGCAGAAGGACAGCUCCAGGAUAUAACAGACAAGUGGGUUUUGCUUUCCUUUGAGGAAGUUUCGCCUCCGCAAGGCUGUAAACAGCGUCUUUGGCGAGUUGACAAAGGCAGCAACAGGCUAAGCUACGCGAGGCAACUGGAUUCGCUUGUGUCCCUGUGCACCGGUUACGUUGACAGCACCUCGGUAGGUGAGGAUUGUUCAAAGAUAUUCGAGAUCAUCAGAAACGGAAAUGUGGGUCAAGCCGACUCUUGGGCAUCGCGUGUAUGGAGCGACUUGAAAGAAACAGCAGUAAGCGAUUCUAUGGCUGCGACUGCGGAGCUCGCCGAGCAAAAGGGCGACGAAUCACCACAAGUACAGAGGAUGCAGACAGAGGCAACCAAAGCAGAGCUUGCAGAGCUCGCUUUCAAGCCAGGUGAGGUUGUCACCUUACACGGCCUUCAGGCCGAAGAUCUGAAUCAUCAGCAGGGCGAAGUUGUCGUUGUGAAUGGGAGCGUCCGUCAAGUGGGCGAGCACGCCGUCGAAGGUGAAGACGUGCGGAUAAACGUUCAGGUGAAUGGUUCUGUAAAAGCCGUACGAGUUUCUAAUUUGAAGAAGGUGGACACUGAAUUUAUCGACGACAGCUCCACAAAGGCUGCGACCGGCACUGCGGCAAUAGCCGCCGAGAAGAUGAUCUGCGAUCCGACCAUGCUGACGAAGUGCGUUGAAAGUAUUCCUGCCACAUGCACGGACUCCCAGCGACGGGCUGUGGCUGCCACGUGUGAAAGACGCCUCACCAUUAUCCAAGGCCCUCCCGGCACAGGCAAGACUGCGACGGCCGUGCAGAUCCUCCGCUCCUGGGCCCAGUUGGGAUUGAAACCACUUCUGGCGGUGGCCGAUGGGAACAUCGCGGUUGACAACAUAGCAGCAGGGCUGGCGAAGCAGGGAGUCGACGUGAAAGCGGUACGUGUGGGUCGGCCAGAGAAGAUCCGACCGGAAUUGGAAGAAAUAACUCUAGACAAUCAACUCCGUCGCAUGAAGAAGCAGAAGCAGGAGCAGAAGGCGGCGGAGGAGCGAGCAGCAGCCAUGGCCGUUCUGGAGCAGAUGACGCUCAGAGAUCUCAAGCUCCAGGCAUCCGAUCUCAAUGCCCGCAUUCUGCACAGCACCUUGCAGGCAGCAGAGGUCAGUGAGCAAGCGAAGGGAAGCAGUGAGCAGGGAGAAGGUGCGCAGAUGGACAUACCGGCAGCGAGGGUUCUUGAACUCGCGCUGGAGUCCAUCCGCACCGCAGAGGCUUCCAAAGCUGAGGCAGCUGCUGCAGAAAUUCGGGAAGCGCGAACUGAAGCAGAAGCGCAACAUCAAGAGCAACAGAAGCGAAUUCAAGUGCGCAGGGAGGAUGCAGAGAUGCAGCUCCAGGCGCUUCGUGAGGCCGACGUGCUUUGUGCACAGUUAAUCACUGCCGGAGGCGGCUUGCUUGCAAAGCUGGGCCCUUUCAAGGGCAUCUUGAUUGACGAAAUUGCACAGGCCACAGAAAUAGUGUCUCUUGUCCCCAUCGUCCAGCGACGCUGUGAGCGUGUCGUGCUCGCGGGAGACCAUUGCCAGCUGCCGCCGACAGUGCAAUCUCAAGAGGCAGAGCGCAGAGGCUUAACACUGUCGCUGUACGGUCGCCUUGUGCAGGAGGGCCUGGAGCCAUACUUCUUGGACACGCAGUUCCGUUCCCACCCGAAGCUCGUGGAGUGGGUGGCAAGCUCCAUAUACGGAGGGCGGCUGAAGAGCGGAAUACACGAUGGCGCCCGUCCUCCAAUGAAAGGCUUUGAUUGGCCCAGGAAGAAGGUCCCAGUGGCUUUCGUUGAGAUGGGGCGAGCAUCACGAGAAUCCCAGGAGCACGAGUCGAAGAUGAAUCUGGCUGAAGCAGAAAGAGUCGUUCACAUCAUCGAGUCCGUGUUGGAUGCCGGCUGCACUGCCGAAGACCUUGGCGUGGUGACCCCGUACAUGGCGCAGGUGCGCCUUCUUCGGACAUCAUGGAGGAAUCGCUGCAAGGAGAGGGGCAUGAAAUGGAACGCAUCGAAGAACUCCAGAACGCUUGAAAUCGCCAGUGUCGACAAUUUCCAAGGGCGUGAGAAGGAACUGAUCGUUUUCUCGGCCGUGAGGAACAACGCGGCUGGACGGGUGGGCUUCCUUGCAGAUUGGCGACGGCUGAAUGUGAUGCUGACUCGUGCUCGACGGGGCCUCGUCGUUGUUGGCCAUGGCCUCACCUUGAAGAAGGAUCCUUACUGGCUGCAGUGGCUCGGGUGGUGCGAAGCUCACCGAGUGAUCGUUGACAAGCAGGCCUGGCACGACAUCGUUCGUGCCGCAAAGCGGGCGGAAAAGAGACCACAUGUCAAGUCACUGUUGCACAACCUCUUCGAGUUUGAGCAGGCACCCCAGACGGAAAAGGCGUUCUGCAAAUUCGUCAAGGAGCACUUGGGAGAUCGCUUGCAGGGGCCGGAUGAUGCAGAAAUGCUGUGGCAGGCGGUGACGAAAGCGAGAGAAGAGGCCUCUGCUGCUGCACAGCGUCGCCCCAACGAGGACGAACUGCCCAAGAUGCUCACCGAGGUCGCCAUUGCAAAGCCUGCUGACAUCCCAAAGCUGAGAUUUCAGGACCUCGGAGAUCCGGAUCCCAACCGGCGAAGCCGCUGGCGAAGUUGGAAGUUUGUUGCUCAGGAGUUUCUUUGGGCACCGAACCCCGAGCAUACAUGGAGCUGGCAAGAGCUCAAGGAGAAGAUGCACGACUACUACCAGACAUUUCUGAGUGCAUCCAAUCAAACAGACAACCGGUCCAAGAAGCAGCUUUACCGUGAAAUGAGGCAGUCCCUGCCAGAAGAAUGGUUCGUGAAGGAUACUGCUCUGCAGGUGCAACUGAAGCCUCUGGACCAGCAGCAAGCGGCAAGAAUGGUUUGGAGAGCGAAUCGCCAGGACGGUGUACGUGGUUUUCAACACCGCCCGUUGCCUUGGAUGCAGUCUGAUGCAGCAAAGCCGGGGGAAAACGAGACAGAGCUGGGAAUUCAGAUCUCCACGAGCAAGGAACCUUCCACGCUGACUGCAUCUCCAUCUCCAAAGAAAAGGAAGAGGAAGCCGUCCAACAACGAGGCGAAGCCUCUUCUUGAAGGAGGGCACGAGCCGGGUCAAAGUGCGGCGGCAGCCGAUGCGCUGCCUGACGAGCAGGACAAAGCAAGCUCGCUGACCUCAAGCAAGGUCAACUUGAAACGGCGCAAGAAGACGAAGCCUGCUUGA